AUGGCGCACAACCCCAUGCCCCCCCACACCGGCGGCAAGCUAAAACCUUCCUCGGCCUUCAAGGAGCGGUUCAGGACGACAGGCACGGGCAAGAUCAAGUACCAGCGCGCUGGCCACGUGCACAAGCGGUUUAACAAGUCCAAUCGGCAGCGGCGCGAGCUGGGGCAGCCCAAGAUCAUGCACAGCACAUACGCCAAGAUCCUGAAGAAGCUGGGCUUUGUCAGCCGGUUCUAUUGA